GAGGAAGGUCAAAUAUCCUAAUCUUCACACUGAGCCCUGACACACAGAGGGACAAUGAGAUUAGGUUAUCUUAGAAGUUUGGCCCUAUUGCUGGUCACAGUCAUAGGAUUACUCAGCUUCACAUCCAUUAGAUGGGACAUUCAUUCUCAUAGGGAAAUAUUGAAACAAGUCCAUCAGAAUGACUCGCACAGGGGCCAGGAGAUGCUCAAAAAGCUGCAAGAUAUAGAGGUGCACAUUGAGAAGCUGGUGAAAGCAAUCAACACCAGGAUCAGUCUAGAAGAGAGGCAGGAUUUGAAGGUCAAAAAGGAGAGGAAGGUGGUGAAGAAGUUGUAUCCCAACUCGGCUCUAUUUAGAAACUGGGGUGAUGAGCUGUCAGAGGAGGAGCAGAAAGAGGCAGAGGGGCUGUUUCAGACCUACGGAUACAAUGUCUUCCUGAGUGACCGACUCCCACUGAACAGAGAAAUCCCUGACACUCGUCCUCCUAAGUGUUCUAAGCACCAGUACCCCCAUAACCUGCCCUCCAUCAGCGUGGUGUUGAUCUACUUGGACGAAGCCCUGUCAAUCAUCAAGAGAGCGAUACGCAGCAUCAUAGACAAGACCCCCCAACGCCUGCUCAAAGACAUAAUACUGGUGGAUGACCACAGCUCCAAUGAGGACCUAAAGGAGAAGCUGGAUGACUACAUCAACUUAAUCCACGAGGAGCGUCCAGGCCUGGUGAAGAAAGUGAGACAUUCGGAGCAGUUGGGCCUCACACAGGCUCGUCUCUCCGGGUGGAGAGAAGCUGUAGGGGACGUUGUGGCCAUCUUAGACGCCCAUAUAGAAGUCCACGUGGAAUGGGCGGAGCCACUGUUAGCUAGGAUAAAGGAGGACCGCACACUGGUGUUGACGCCGGUGUUUGACAAUGUCCGUUAUGAUGACUUAACAGUCAUGAAUUAUUCGCCUGCUGCAGAUGCCUUUGACUGGGCCCUUUGGUGUAUGUACGAAAGCUUCAGACCUGAGUGGUACGCCUUGAAGGACGAUUCACAGCCAGGAAAAAGCCCCUCCGUUAUGGGCAUUCUAGUGGUUGAUCGCCUGUUCUUUGGGGAAAUUGGAGCACUUGAUGGUGGCAUGAAGAUCUAUGGAGGAGAAAAUGUUGAACUGGGCAUCCGGGUGUGGCUUUGUGGUGGAAGUAUCGAGGUCAUACCUUGUUCUAAAAUUGCACAUGUUGAGAGAGCCCACAAACCCUAUCUUCCUGACCUGAGCAUUACAGUAAAGAGGAACGCUCUGAGAGUGGCUGAGGUCUGGAUGGAUGAAUACAAACACAAUGUCAACAUAGCCUGGAACCUCCCAUUGAAGGAUCAUGGAAUAGACAUUGGGGAUGUCUCUGAGAGGAAAAAGUUGAGAGAGCGGCUUAACUGCAAGCCCUUUCAGUGGUACCUGGAUAAUGUAUAUCCUUUGUUAGAUCCUCUGGGAGACUUGGUUGGAUAUGGAGCUCUGGUCAAUGACCUGAAGACAGAUCUCUGUAUAGAUCAAGGCCCAGUUCCUGGGAACACACCUAUUUUAUAUGGAUGCCAUUAUUUCACACCACAGCACUGUUUUUAUCGAACCAAUGGGGAGAUCUACAUUGGAGGCAUCAAGUCUCACAAGUACAACAGUAAUCGAUGUCUGGUAGACACAAACUCUGAAACUCCAGGGCUGUAUGAAUGCAAGGUGGCCAAGCAGAAGGGAUUCCACAUGCUCUGGGACUUCCAACAGGGAAAAGCCAUCCAGAACAGACAUACAAAGAGAUGUCUGGAGAUUGCCCAAGGAGAAGACACGUACUACAAGCUCAUCAUUCAGGAGUGCACUGGGCAGCACUGGAAAAUACAGAACCUGAUAAAAGACUUCUGACAAGUCCUGAAAAAGAACAUGAAUCACACUACAGCGCUCACCAGUGGUUAAUUUGAGCUGGAUCCUAUCGGAAAACAAGAUUUGGCACCUCUCAGGUUUUCCUCAGUUUGUUCAGGCACCUUCUUUUCACAGAUCCGGUCUGCUACGCAUGACUUGUCUUUUUCAAUUACUGUGUUCACUUUGCAUUGUAAACAUUCUACUAGAACCAAUCAGAGUUCAUAAAGUUGACUAUUCCUGCAGCUUCUUGUAGCCUCAGCACUCACUGACAAGUCUUAGCUUUUUGUUUUCUGAUAUUUUCGCUACCGAUGUGCUGUAGCCUAUUCAUGUCGAUUUGCCAACCGGAACUAUGUCUCUUGCACGCCCCAAUGUUUUCCGGGUCCUCCUGAUUUACAAAUUAACUCAAAUCUCUCAAAUCUACAGACACACAUACAGUUAAGAGACAACCUUGGCUGAAGGCUCUAAAAGCUGUAAUUGAGCAAUGAAUACCAAAAAAGUUGAAAAGGAAAGUUUUGAGUGAGGAACAGAAGCGUUCAAUUUGCAGACGUC